AUGGCAAUCACUAUCCGCGACAACUCGACCGGUAGUUCUCAUCGGGGAUUCUUCAAUCCUCCCCGCGACCACGAGCUCGAGACACGAUCCGAAAGCGUGUCGCUUCCUCCGACCGUGCCGAAAGUAAGUAUGUGGCAUCGAUUGGGUUUUGGACGAUGGCUUCACCGUGACGAGCAUACAUCCGGAUCGACUUCCCCCACCAACGAUCACCGGGAGAACAUAUCGCGGCGUCUAUCUAGAAAAGUAGGCGCCGUCGGUUUGCCUCGACCCGCGACCUUUCGACGUCAAAAUUCCGAGCGACGAGAUCGAUUAGCACCCAUCGAGUCAGAACAUCGCCGGACUCAAUCUGCGGAUCGUCGUCGGCCAUUGAGUAUACCGCGAACAGAGUCACCCGCACCCAUAAAUGUUGCCCGUCUUUCUGCGCCUGAGGUGGGAUCAUGGAGCGAACAAUUAUCUGCCCUGGCACAUCGAGAUGACGGUUCGGCUCACGAGUUCUUACCGGAGACGGCCACUUUGUCUCAUGUCGAUUCGACGCCAUACAAUCGUUAUGACAAUGCCAGUAUACAACAAGAGCCCGUGGAUGACGCGCUAGAGCAGGAAUUAGAGAGGAAAUGGAUUCUAAACUUGAGCAUGCACUUUCGAGAUAAGUCCGAACGGGAAAAGUUCUUCGUGACAUAUGCAGAAAAACCAAAUCGAUGGCGGAGAGUAACAGUAUCGUGCGAUUACCGAAACGCUCCUCCAGACUCUUUGGAACAGGAUUUGAAGGAAUUACAUUACCAACGGGAUAAAAGUGCUCGUAUCUACGAAUCGAUUCGAGAUUCGCUUCCAGAAAUCCAAUUCUACGACACAGUCACAAAUCUCAAACUGGAAACGAGUGAUGGUCGAUUGCAUGUACAUGUGACGGAAGACGUCAACGAAACUAUCCCUUAUCCACCUGUGUCCAGCGUUCGCCAUCUGGGUAGUCGUCUUAUUCCGGAGCGUGAUCUCAUGUUCAACUCUCAUCUGUCUGGUUUCGUUUACAAGGUUCAGCUAGACGGCAAGGCUUAUAUCAAGAAGGAGAUACCAGGUCCAGAUACCGUUGAUGAGUUUCUUUACGAGAUCAACGCACUUCAUGCGUUAUAUGGUUCACAAAGUGUCAUACAGUUCGAGGGAAUCAUUGUCGACGACCGUCUCGAACGCGUCAAAGGGUUGCUGAUAAGCUAUGCUGAACAAGGUGCUCUAGUGGAUGUGUUAUAUGAUUUUCGCGGCCAAUUGCCUUUGGCGCGCAGAGAGCGAUGGGCUAGACAGAUUGUACAGGGUCUGUGCGAAAUCCAUGAGGCCGGCUAUGUCCAAGGCGAUUUUACAUUAUCGAACAUUGUCAUCGACGGAGAUGACAAUGCUAAAAUUAUCGACAUCAACCGGAGAGGAUGUCCUGUGGGAUGGGAACCACCCGAAAUCGCCGCCAAAAUAGAGAGCAAUCAGAGAAUAUCCAUGUAUAUUGGGGUCAAGUCGGACCUUUUCCAACUGGGAAUGACAUUAUGGGCGCUUGCAAUGCAAGAAGAUGAGCCAGAACGUCAGCCACGACCAUUGUUUAUACCGAUUGAUAUGAAGAUUCCCGAUUAUUAUAGGAGGGUCAUCGCUCAUUGUCUCAGUGACCGCCCAAGAGAUCGCUUAUCCGCAAAGGAGCUACUAGCCAUGUUUCCUUCCGACAUGAAAGAUCAUGAACACCCUGUUCAUGCCGUUCCACUCCCAUGGCGCGCUUAUAACAGUCCUAACGGUCCUCCAUUCUACGAUUCACUCCAACAUGACGUUCCUCAAUCGGUUUGUCUCGAUGGAGAUCACCAUGAGCACGCUAAGCAUCCAAGUGUGGUGUAUGUAACGCCAGCUGAAUACGAAUCAGAAUCCGACUUUCCUGAAAUUGACUUUCCUCCUAGGGGUCGUCGACCGUCAACCCAUGGCCUUCCUCCAAGCGAUUACCAACCCUCGACAUACAUACCAUCAAGUGCUUCACCCAACCCGGAUGGUCGUCGCUCCAUCUCACAGAGUGAUUUCGAAGUUAAUACCAGGCCAUCUCCAGCUAUGCUAGCUGAACCACGAUUCGAAGAGGUUGAGGUCAAUGGCACUCAGUACUUGGUCAAUCCGGAAAUGUUCACCCCAGAAGAUCUUGAGGCUCUGAGAGACAAUACUCACGAACCUCAUGACUCGCAGGAAUUGGAGAGUGGGAGAAACUCUGAUAUAAACCGUGCUAUGGUUCCGUCUUCGGUUUGUGAAGGUGGCAAGGAUGCUGAUGUUGAUCGAGAUGUGACUGUGCAAUCACACGGAGCCAAAAUUGAGAAUCAUGAGGAUACUGGAAAUCGUCAGAACAAAAGCGUAGUGGAAGACAUAGCUGCUAUGGGCAGCCAUUCGUCGGCGCCGUUGAAGCAUGAACACACGCAACCCACAAGGAGUCUGGAAAACCAAAUCAUCGAACCCUCACCCGCCAGCCAGACAUCAACAGUUCCAGCGCCACAGAUAAGUGCACCCGAGCCUACACAGGAGACCUGGACCAAAGAAAGUGCAACCUACAUCUCACCAGGUCUUGGUAACACAAUUCCGCAAGACAGAUCACUCAUCAACGAGAAGACCAAGCUCACUGUUCUCUUCAAUGCUCCCGAUCAACCCGGCCCUUACCCAGCCAACUCCAUCACGACAAACACCGACACCAUCAAGAAGGAAUUCUCUUUUUGGUUCAUUAUUACCCAUAAACCCGGCAUUGGCACAGCCAGCACCGUCACGACCAAUAUCAAGACGAAAUUCUCUUUUUGGCUCAAAGUUGCCAAUAAAUCCGGCCCUUCAACAGACAGCGUCAGCAACAUCAAAGUCCGCCAGGAGUGA